AUGAUGGAUCAGAACGACAAUAAGCUGUCAUUGUCCAAUAUCUAUGCGUCCAUCAUUCAACAGACAUCAUCCAUGAUCAAACCAUGGCCUGAUUCCGACGGCUUUGCCAAAUGCUGUUUGGAUUCUUCGGCAUUGAGUGCUGCUGCUGAAGAGAACACCAAUGCUACGACGACUAGUAGUAGUAAGAACUCAUUCCAAGUUCCGACCUUUCCCGAGGGAACUGGACCAUUGGGAGUCUUUGCACUGACGAGGGAAAAUACUCACCCUGGAAAUGAAAAACUGGUACAAACUUGUCUCGAUGCCUUUGAUCAAUUUUGUGAGGAAUUGAAUGCCAUCGCUACUACUUUGCAACACAAUAAUAAUAGUAAUAAUGAUGAUGAUGAUGAGAAUAAUCACAAGGGUGACGAUGACGAGUUAUUCUUUUGGGUGAAAUCCUUGGUCCCUCACAUCACCAUUGCCAUAUUUCAAGAACAUCCUCAGCUGCUUCCAAAGAUGACACAAGAAGAACUUGACGAAUUUUAUUUCUUUACGAAUGAUGAUGGAGACAAAUUGGCCCAGAGUUUGGCAAAACAGACAUUUCGCUAUUCACCCAUUCAGCUAACACUAGAUUCGCUCAUUCUCACUCCGGAUGGAGCCAUGAUUGCUGGCUUUGUGGAUGACGACGACAACAACAAUGAUGAUGAUGAUGGUGGUGUUGGAAAUAAUUAUUAUGACAAGCUCAAGACCGACAUUGUGACAGAUGCCAAACAAGUCAUGGGCAUGGGAGAAUUCACCAGCCGUCCCAAGAAUUUGAUUCACAUUACUUGUGGACGAGUGGUACGGAAACAAGGGGCUGCUUUGGAAUUGUCCAAUACUAGUACACAGGCUGACAUUCAAAAACUUGUGGAACGCUACAACAAACAAGUCUUUCCACAGCUCGUGGCGGACAUGAAGGGCAAUGAUAAUGGUGGUACUCUUUUGUUGGAGCAACUGACCUUGCUACGGAAUGACGUCUGGCUGUGCGAGAAAAAUACCGUGUAUGGAGUUGGAAAGCUCCAAGGUCCAGAUGACAGUAAGUCUGUCUCAUAA